AAUCCGAGUUUUCAAUUUCUUCACUCAUAAAUAUCAUUAAAUGCGCAGAAGAAAAAAUGGGUGUCUCACUGUCUCGUUAAUUACUGAAUCUGAAUUUUCUGUUUUCCGAUAAGGAAAUUCGAACCCGCAUGUAGGGGUUUGAUGAUUGAAGAAACCCAACUGUCAUCACUAUAAUAAAUCCCUGUUCUUUUUCUUAUUUUUCUCAUUUUGAAUUUCCUUAAUCUUCGCGAAUCCUAUCCCCAUGUGGGAAUGUUUUUCUUUCAGUGUACUGCGAUAUUUUAAAAAUCCGAUCUUUACUUGUUUUUCUUUGAUUUCCUUUGAUUAAGUUAUUAAACCGUUUCUGGCGUAAUGGGGUGUGCCAAUUCGAAGCGAAAUGUAGUGUGCGAGAAUUGCCACGCACCUUUCUCGCCCGGCCGACGGAGUUUGGACUCCGAUCGGCCGCCGCGGAGAAAGGCGGAGACUCACCCCCACCACGUGGUUGCUCUCACUUCAUCCACCCUUGGGUCGAUUCGGCUCGACCCAUUGAAUAAGAGUCAGGCUCUCCGUGAUGCAGAGGACGGCGGUGGAAAACUCCCGAUGGAGAACAAGAUUCCGGAGAUAUCUGCCGGCGGCGAGCUGGAGACCAUCGACGCCUGGGAAUUGAUGAAGGAUCUGGAAGAUUGCGCCCGCCUCGUCCGCAGUUUCUCCUCCCCUGCUUCUACCAAUCUGUGGUCAGAGUCUAUUUCGACCUUGGGUUCAAACGACACUUCCGUCGGGUUCUUAUCGGAGUUUGAUCCCGACGUGAUCGAAUCGUUCCGAAAAGCCCUCUCAGAGCUUCCUCCGGCGUCACCGAAAUCAGCCACCGGAGAUAAAGAAAAAACAGGGGAAGCUAAAAUAGAAACAGAGCAUAAUAAGAACAGAGUCAUCUUCUACUUCACGAGCAUAAGAGGAGUCAGGAAGACGUACGAGGAUUGUUGUAACGUUAGAUCCAUUCUAGAGGAACUGAAAUUGAAAAUCGAAGACCGAGACGUAUCUAUGCAUUCCGGUUUCAAAGAAGAACUGAAAGAGAUUUUUGGAGAAGAUUACAGCUUGCCCAGAGUAUUUGUCGGCAAGAAAUACAUCGGCGGGGAGGAUGAAAUCCGGCGAAUGCACGAGGAAGGGAAGCUGAAGAAGCUAGUUGACUGUUGCGAAAAGGUGGAAGAAAGCGGCGGUGGUGGCGGCGGUUGUGAGACGUGUGGAAAUAUAAGGUUUGUGCCGUGUGACACGUGUAAGGGGAGCUGUAAAGUUUUUUGUGAAUGUGGGAAUGGGUCUGGGUUUGAGAGGUGUCCGGACUGUAAUGAAAAUGGGCUAAUUAGAUGUCCAAUUUGCUGUGAUUACUAGGGCUCUUAUCUCUUAAACUGUAAAGAAGAAAUGUUUUCCCUUAAUUUACACUUUUAGUUACUAUUUAUAUAUAAACCAAGUAGAGAAAUUGUGAGGCCGUUUGGCAACACUAGUUUUGGGCUUAUCAGGUUUAUCAAACAAUUUUUUCACCA